AUGCGUUCCAAUGCUUUCUUAAUAUUUCGAACUCCUUCGAUUGCAAGACAAGUUCACUUCUCUUCCCAUCAUAUCAACGACAAAAUCAAAUCCUUAGUACAACAGGGCCACUAUGAAGAAGCCCUCGAAUCAUACUCCAAAGAAUCCAAUUCUCCAAACAAUACUUCAAGGUUCACUUUCCCUUCUCUCAUCAAAGCUUGCACCGCCGUUUCGAAUUCCCACUAUGGCGCGUCGCUGCACUCCGCAAUCGUCAAAACGGGUCUCCAUUUUGAUCCUUACAUCGCCACUUCACUCGUACGGAUGUACGUGAAAUGUGGGUCGCUCUGCAAUGCAGUCAAACUGUUUGAUAAAAUGCGUCAAUGUGAAGUUUCAGGCCAGGACGUCGCGCUGUGGAACUCUAUCGUUGAUGGGUACUCCAAAAAUGGGUUCUUUGACGAGUGUCUGGUUCAGCUUCGUCGAAUGCAGGUCUUGAAUGUCGAGCCCGAUGGUUACACUUUAUGCAUCUUUCUUGGGAUAUGCGACGAUUUUUUGGGUAUUUCGUGUGGGAAAGAAAUUCAUGGUUAUGUUUUGAGAAACAUGUUUGAUGGUGAUCCGUUUUUAAUUACUGCAAUGAUUGACAUGUAUUCGAAUUACGCUAGGCCAAUGGACGCUUGGAAUGUUUUUCGGAAGUUCGGGAAUAAGAGCAACAUUACGGUGUGGAAUGCAAUGAUCAACGGUUUUUGUGAAAAUGGGUGUUGGAGAAAUGCCUUGGAUUUGUACACUUCAGCGAAAAUCGAGGGCCUUGAGUUCGGUUCCACUACAUUUUCGAGUGUGUUAACAGCUUGUUCGCAGGGCGAGGCGACGGAUUUCGGCCGCCAGCUACACUGUGAUGUGGUCAAGACUGGAUUCGAGAACGACCAGUAUGCUAGCUCUUCGCUCGUAACGUUUUACUCGAAGUGUGGAAUUCUUGGAGAUGCGGUGGGAGUAUUUUCUACGUCUAAAGAUAAACACGUUGGACUGUGGAAUAGUUUGAUUUCGGCUUAUGUUAACUGCGGUUGUCCAAAUGAUGCUGUGAAUAUUUACACUCAGAUGAUAUAUAGAGACAUUACACCCGAUUCUUUCACCAUAUCAAAUGCUUUGACAGCAUGCAGUAUGAUUGGAUCGAGUUAUUUAGGAACAAAAAUACACGGGAACAUGAUAAAGAGACCGAUAAAAGAAUGCGUUGCCUUGCAAAGUGCUCUGUUGACAAUGUACUCAAGGGUUGGGAGUAUAAAAGACGCGCAUAAAGUGUUCGACGAAAUGAAGGAAAAAGAUGUGGUGGCUUGGGGUUCCAUGAUAUCAGGGAAUUGCGAAAAUAAGAAAUUCGAGGAGGCGUUAUAUUUAUUCAAGAAAACAGAAUCCGAUGGUGUGAAAUCGGAUUCCAACAUUAUAGCAAGUGCGAUUAUUGCUAGUGUUGGAAAUGAUGAUGAAAAACUAGGUCUUUGUAUUCAUGCACUUGCAAUUAAGAGAGGUUUCGAUUUGGAUCCUUUCACGGGUAGUACGUUAAUCGAGUUCUAUUCGAAAGCCGGACAACCAGAUAUGGGUAUGAAAGCAUUUUCCAGUGUCUUGCAAAAGAAUAACGUUGUUUGGAAUUCUCUGAUAUCAUGUUAUUCCCAAAAUGCCCUCCCGAAUCUUUCGAUUACUCUUCUCCCACAGAUGAUGCAGAACGGCAUAUAUCCAGAUUCAGUAUCAAUAACCACCGUUCUUUCUGCAGUUUCACAAAUGGCAGCAUUGUCUAUCGGAAAAACCGUACAUGGUUACAGUUUAAGAUUUCUACUUCCAAAAGAAAAUCAAGUAGAAAACGCGUUACUCGAUAUGUACAUCAAGUGCGGAAGCUUCACGUACGCGCAAAGAAUCUUCCGGAACAUUCCUGAAAGAGACCUCGUAGCGUGGAAUUCAAUCAUCGCCGGUUAUGGAUCUCACGGCGAAUGUCGUAAAGCCAUCGACUUUUACCACGAGAUGAGAAAUUCGGGAGUAUCACCAGACGAGAUAACUUUCCUCUCACUCAUAUCCUCAUGCAAUCACUCUGGUUUCGUACAAGAAGGCCUAAAUCUAUUUCGUUCAAUGAGAGAAAACGGAGUCGAGCCCAAAAUCGAGCACUACGUUAAUAUAAUAGAUCUCUUGGGCAGAAGCGGACGCUUAGACGAAGCGUGUCGAUUUAUCGAGAAUAUGGGUAUUGAACCCGACAAAGGGGUUUGGGUUUCUUUACUGUCUGCAUGUCGAGUCCAUCGAAAUAUUGAGCUUGGAGAAAUGGCUGCACAUAAGUUGAUAAAAAUCGAGCCUGAAAGUGGGAGCGGUUAUAUUCAACUGUUGAAUUUGUAUGUGGAAAUGGGGAUGAAAGAAAAGGCUGCAAAGUUGAGGGGAGUGAUGAGAGAGAAGGGAUUAACGAAGGUGCCCGGGUGCAGUUGGAUCGAGGUGAAAAAUAAGGUUGAUGUUUUUUACUCGGGGGAUUCGUCUUCUUUGAGUACGGUAAAGAUUUACGAGACACUUGAUAUUCUUAAGAAUAGCAUGACGAAAAAACAAUGCAGUUUUGAAGAAGGUGAGACAAUGUAUGAACCGGGAUGA